AUGAGAAAUAUCCAUGCCAAGAUCACCGUGAUGAAUGGAAAACUAAACCUGCUUAUUUCCAUAUUGAAUCAUCAAAUCGAGAAAAUCCUGCCCUCAGGUAAACUUGUAGAGAUGUUUCGAGCACAAACUCCAAAAGCAGUUGACGUACCACCGAUCAUACAGUCUGAAUUCGACGCAAGCGAGCGAAUAAUUUUACCUGAUAACGAAGAUGAAGAAGAUUCUUACAUUGAACAAGUUCCAAAAAGACACAUAAAGUCGCCAAAUUUUCUUGCAAAAAGACAAAACACAACUUCUAGGCUCCCUAACUUAACAAAGGCUUUGAAAGUUCGUGCCGUUCUCACCGUACCACUCGCUGGCUACUCCGAAUCCUACACUGCGUGGUGGAAUCCUGUUAAUGGUGAUUCUCGAAUUCAUUUCCAAGGCGGUUCAACAAUUACCUUCCGUAAAAUGCUACCGAAUGGACUGGUUCAGAAAGUUGAAAUGCGUGUAGAUCGCACUGAAGGACGCGUGGUGCGAUGCGGUGUCACUACAACUGUCCCUUCGGUUACUGACCGUGCUCACCCAGCUUUACCUAAUCUGCAACUUUUUUCAUUUUCUGGUUACGAGUUCACGGAAACAGAUCAAAUUGAACGCUGGCAUUACAAUGUGUCUAGUCCAGGCGACGCCAGAGGAGAAACCAUUAAUACGUAUCAUGAACUGCUAUUGACACGAGAUGAUGAUGACUUCAUAUGGCCAAUGCGAUAUCAUGUAUCGGCAAACAGCACGGUCUUGGGACCGGAUAGUGAUGUUUACGACCACUUUUACUUCGAGGCACGAACCCACAAAAGAGAUUCCAAAUUUUUCGAACCAAAUAUUGACGAAGUUUGCGAUCAAGUGGAGCAACUCAGUGCUUCUUCAGCAGAUGACAUCGCUAGACUAGAGCCAUUGCGAGAAUUUACAAUGUUGGAGCCCAACCCUCGUUACACUGCUAUUUUAGAACGGUUCAAGAGAAAACACGACCGUGUUUACGCUGAUGAAGUCGAAAAUGUAGUCCGAAAAAAUAUCUUGACGCAGACUUCGAGGUACGUGUCAUCUGGAAACCGCGCCGGUGCAACUUUUGAGAUGGGUCUGAACUUCCUCGCGGACCGCCUCGAUGCAGAGAUGGUGCAGGUGACGGGUGUUGAGCCAGGGGCUGCUGAUGCAGCGGAGAAAUUCCCUCAUACACGUCCGGCUCUAACGGAACGCGAGCCGCAACUACCAAAUGCCUUCGAUUGGAGGACUAUGGGAGGCGUUUCACCUGUUCGAUUCCAGGGUACUUCGUGCGCGUCUUGCUGGGCGUUCGCAGUAGCAGGCGCAGUUGAAGGCGCGCUGUUCCGCCGCACGCAACGCCUCGUGCCGCUGUCAGAGCAAACCCUAGUCGACUGCGCGGGACCAUUUGGUGGAAAUGGAUGUAAGGGUACAUGGCCGAGCCACGCUUACGACUACAUCAAGUAUCAAGGGUUGCCUGCCCUUGAAGAAUACACGCCGUAUAAAGGACAUGUGGAACAAUGCAAAGCGGAAACCACGCCUCCCAUCACACGCAUCAGUGCACACGUGAACGUCACCAAGUACAACGUUCCUGCUCUACAGGUUGCCAUAAAAGAAAAUGGACCAGCCGUAGUGAUUGUGGAUUCUUCAGCGAAGAGUUUCCAGUUGUACAAGAAAGGAGUUUUGUAUGAUGAUCGAUGUUCAAAAAAUAGCGCGAAGCACGCCAUGCUGGCGGUUGGUUGGGGUCAGAAGAAGGGCGAGCCGUACUUUAUACUGAAGAACUCGUGGUCGGAGGCGUGGGGCGAGCGCGGCUACGUGCGCGUGCAGGCGCGCGCCAACACGUGCGGCGUGCUCACGCACCCGUCCUACCCGCGGCUAGAAGACGACGACGUGCUUUUGGAGGCCCAGUAACUUUAUCAGUUUCAUCGUCAUCAUCGCUUCAGCCUAUCGCAGUCCACUGGACAAGCCUCCCCAAGUUCGCGCCAGAUAUAGUGU